AUGGUUUCUUUCAACGGACCGUCUGAUUUUGUAUUCAUUACUGAAACUGAUGCACUGAAAGACUUAUGUCAUCACCGAAGUAAGUUAUCGUCUGGGUGCGAUAAUCAAACAGAUCCUGAACAUUUGGAGUUUGAGCACGAAGAACCAUUAAUGUCAACAACCAUUAACACAUAUAUUCCUCCACAAAGUCCACUAGUAUCAGAAGGAACUGAAAAAUUUCAGCUUAUGCAUACAUCACCAGAGAAUGAGCAGCCAAAACCUCUUUCACCGUCAAACAUCUAUAACAUGCCUGUAUUACAAAGUCCACUAGAUGUGAGUAUCAGUCAGAUCGAUGGAACAAAUGAAGCGGUAACACGAGGACCAUUACCUCCUCCACCAGAUAUAUAUUCUUAUAUUGAUACAUUUGAUGAUAUAUACUUGACACCUACUAAUAAUGAAGGUAAUUAUCCAUGGUCUCAUAAAUUAUAUAAUAAUCCCCCAAAAGUUGAACAAAUGACCAACCUUCAAAAACAUGAGAACCUGCCAACAAACAGUGGACGACAGAUUGACCAGAAUUCGAUCUGGUCAGAAUCAUGGAUACCAAAAUUUCAGCAUACAGCAGUUAACCAUGCUAUACAAGUAAAUAAUCAUAAAAAAACAAUUAAAAAGGUUUGAUAAUGCUACUGCUUCCUUCUCCUAUUCUCAUUCCCUUUCAGAACCUAAAUACUUUACGCUUAAGCAUUUUCUUUUUCAACUGUGUGAAAAAGCACUUCAGGAAAGCACUACAUGUUUUGUAAUUUUAUCCUCAAAUUAUCUGGAAAAAUAUUUGUAAAGACGAAUAACUUACAUAGAUGUUUGAUCUUCAUGUGUUAAGUAAUCUUUUAAUUUAAAAUAUCAUUUUUAUACAAAUGGGAUAAUUUAAACAAAGUUUCACAGUACGAUGUAAUAAAGCUACUUUUGCAUCUUUAUAUAACUAAUGAAUUUUGAAAUUUUUGACCUUUGAAAGACAUUAAUUCAUACAAAAUAGGGUUUUAUUUUGCCACAAACAGAUACCACUUUUCGACUUCUAGGUUUGAUAUUCAAUGAACAGUAGAUUAAACGAACUUGUAACUUCAUUUCAUUAAAUGUAUCAUGUAUACAUAA